AUGCCGCGACCAACACGGUCUCGAGCCGCCGCGUCGCGCAAGGCAGACUCCUCGUCCGACACCGCACCUGCGGCCCCCGCCGUGAGAGACAAGGCGCCGAUCCAGUCCGACUCGACAGAUAACAUCUAUGGGGUCAGCGAUCGCGAAAUCGAGCGCCAAAGGAAGAAGAAGGCCGCCUCGCCGAGGAUCUCUGCCACGCCCGCAUCCGAGCGGUCUGCCACCACGGCGGGACGGAGCACGCGCAGCCGCGCCACCAUGGCCAGCAAUGUGAUGGAUCAAACCGCCCUGCGGAGCUCAAGAAGCCGACGCGAUGCCGCGCUGAGCAAGCUCGACGAUCUCACUUCCACCACCACCGACGCGCGCGACAGCUCCGACAUGGUCGUUAGCCCCGUGGUCGAGGCCGGCCGCAACGCGCAGAUGGAGGCGUCGUCGCUGCUGGGCCCACGCGGUCGCGCCGGCGACCUCUCCGGAUUGGAGAUCAACGACAGCGAGAUCUUUGGCCACCUCGACAGCAGCUUCGACAUGACAGGGAACAACGACAAGGACGAGAGCGGUAGCACCACCACCACGGGACAGCACACGGGCACUCGUUCGGCCGACACGUCCACCUUCAACGUCAGUGUGUUCAAGCGCCAGCCGCGCCGCCGCCAGUCCAGCAUUGUGGGGAAGGACGACGCGCCCAUCCGCCCCAGCAGCCGAGGCCCGACGACGCCGGGCCUGAGCUCGACUUUUAAUCUGGGCAACUUCAAGAGGCGCGCGCGCCAGCCGAGUAUCCUGUUGUCGUCUGCACAGAAGGCAUCGAUGUCUGCGCAGCGGUCGAGGGCUGCGUCGGAGGCUAGCGAGAAUGCCGUCGAGUCUGAGGCCGAGGAGGAAUCUUUCCUGCCUGAGGCAGAGGGAACACCUGUGCGGCCGUCGCGGGGAAGAGCCAGUGCUGCGAAGGACGUGGUCGAGUCGGUGGAGGGUGGAACGCGCUCGCGGAAGAGAAAGUCUACGGAAAGCCACGAGGCCGAGGUCGCCAAGAGACGAGCUGUUGAAUCAGACGAGGACGCGAUCCACCAAUCUAUCGAGAUGGAUGACCGGUCGUCGCCACCUACCCUUCUCUCGCGCACUCCAGACUUGGAUGACGACAGCGUUCUCGCCCCGCCAGCCAGCAGCAGCUCGUCUGAGGCUGGCAGCCCGAUGGUAUGGCCCUCGCUGAACAUGUUGGGAAAGAAACACCGCGGCCGUGCGGCGCCCCGAGGCACGAAGACGCCGGUCUUGGACGAUGACAUGUCUGACAUCUCCGAACCGCCGUCUUUGACACACUCGCCGAAUUUGAAGGCGAGGGACGCAGCACCCAAGGGCAAAAGCAAGACCGCCGCACGAAAGGAGUCACCACAGCUGUCCACUGCUGAUCUUGCCGCACUUCUCCCACGCCGACGACGCAAGGUUCGUCGUGAUGGCGAGGGGUCAGAGAAUGAGGAGACCGGGUCCGAUCACGACGUGUACGACACUUCACGCCAAGUCCGGGCUUCGAAGAAGAGGACGGCACGACCAAUGACUGGUCCGUCAUCGAAAGCAAACCAGACAAACCAAGCAAAGCCCACGGCCGCACCAGCAAAACGGACGACGAGAAGGACAUAUGGAUCACGGAGGUUUGACAAGGAGAACGACGCCGAGGGAGACUCCAUCGAAGUCGGCGAGGACGCAUCCACACCCCUGGACGACACCAUGUUCGACGCUGACGAGACAGCGGCGACGUCUCAGGAGCUGGGCGAGGAGCUAAAGGCCGCGUCCAAGAAGUUCAAGGAGGUGGAUAAGUGGGAGCUGGACUAUGAGGAGGUUGUCGAAUCCUCGUCGCCCCUGCCUGAGGGGCGCUAA